CCACUAAAAACGACGGUUCUAUUUUAGUACCUGGAACACCGGGGUCUCAAGCUAAUGAAGUUCGGUCGAAUGCUUUCCGGGAUUACCAAAGAAUUCUUAUUAACAAUGCUCUUGAUUUAACUGUUGAUGCUGACGCUAAAAAGAAUUUCUUGCAAGACCUUCACAAAGAAAUUGCUAUUCAAAAAAUCACUAAUUUCUUAGCAUUCGGAGCACCGGUUAACUCAACAACUUUACCCCAGCGAACAGCUGCUGAUGUAACAACGGCAGGAGUUACUUUAGCACUAGGGGCUGGAAAUGACUAUCAAGAUUAUGCGAACUUUAUUCGCAACUCUACUUACAAUGAGAACAACCUUAAUGGUUUUGUUGUAGAAAUAGCAGGAAAGAUUAGUCUUAAACGCUGCGGAGCGCUCAAAGUGCAGAAGUGA